AUGUCACCUCAGCCAAAUGCCCCUACCCAUCCUAACGAUUGGACAGUCGGACUUGACGACUAUCUGAAACAGAACCGAGUUUUGUAUGAUGAAGCGAUCCCGCUCAAUACCAGCACAUCAUGCUACCUCUGGAGAUUGGAGGGAAUGAAAGACGCUGAGGCCUCAGCCAACGGUUAUGUUGAGGGUCAGCCUGUCGUUAUGAAAUGCGCCGACAGCACACCCAAAUCUCAAGCCUUUCAGGUUUCACCAGAUCGUCUGCGGUUUGAAGUUAAAGCUCUCACUUGCAAAGCGGUGAAGGAAGCCUGCGAACAGGAACCAUCUGUUCAGGUGCCCCGCGUCCUUCGUACAACGACAAAUGGCUUCAUAAUGAACUGGCUUGGGCAGACAGACCUUUGGACGGCCUACAGGACAGGCGAACUGCUCGACGUGUCCAAGGUUGGCGCACGUUUGGGACGAUGGCUUGGCUGCCUGCAUCUCGCUGGCAUUGCUUUGGGACCUGACGGAUGGAGCUUUGAGCACAGUGAGCUUAGCAUGUUCUACGCCCCAGGCGGGCUUGCCGACCAGACCAUCAAUGCUGCGAUGGACAAAGAUGAGGCUGAGAAAGUGCUAGCUGCGAUGCGCAUACCGGCUCCCAUUCGCACGUUAACUCCGUGGGACUUCCGUCCCAUGAACAUUGUUGUACACUUCACCGAUGAUAAGAAUGCAGCACCGGGUCUUGCAGUCGUGGACUGGGAACUUUGUCAUUACGGAGAUCCUUGUGAUGAUAUUCGCAUGUGGGUUGCUGAGGUUGUAAUUCUGGAGACCAAGUUAGAGAAACAUGGCCUGCUUUCUUCCUUUCUCUCGGCUUAUAAACAUCACAUGGGCGCCGCUAUUGUCGAUCAUGACUUUGUAUUCAGAGUUGCUCUGAAUGUUGGCAUCUACAUUCUUUGGCUUGUUCCGAUGGACCCAGCAGUGUGGGACUGCACUGAAGAAGAUGUCGAAUCUUGGAAAACCAAGAGUCUAGAAUUCAUCAGAGCCGGAGUUAAUGAGGAUUUAGCCUGGAUUGAACGUAGUUGUUUGAAAUAUCUUUUAGACUGA